UGUGGCCCGGUGGUCCCUGCUGCGCGCCCCGAGCCCCGAGAACCAUGCAGAUGUCCUACGCCAUCCGGUGCGCCUUCUACCAGCUGCUGCUGGCCGCGCUAAUGCUGGUGGCGAUGCUGCAGCUACUCUACCUGUCGCUGCUGUCCGGGCUGCACGGACAGGAGGAGCAAGACCAGUAUUUUGAGUUCUUUCCCCCGUCCCCGCGGUCCGUGGACCAGGUCAAGGCGCAGCUCCGUGCCGCGCUGGCCUCCGGAGGCGUGCUGGACGCCAGCGGCGACUACCGCGUCUAUAGGGGCCUACUGAAGACCACCAUGGACCCCAAUGAUGUGAUCCUGGCCACGCACGCCAGCGUGGACAACCUGCUGCAUCUGUCUGGCCUGUUGGAGCGCUGGGAGGGCCCGCUAUCCGUGUCGGUGUUUGCCGCCACCAGGGAGGAGGCGCAGCUGGCCACGGUGCUGACCUAUGCGCUGAGCAGCCACUGCCCCGAUUUGCGUGCCAGAGUCGCCUUGCACCUUGUGUGCCCCUCGCGCUACGAGGCCGCUGUGCCCGAUCCCCGAGAGCCGGGGGAGUUCGCCCUGCUGCGGUCCUGCCAGGAGGUUUUUGACAAGCUAACCAGGGUUGCCCAGCCCGGGAUCAAUUACGCGCUGGGUACCAACGUCUCCUACCCCAAUAACCUGCUGAGGAAUCUGGCUCGUGAGGGGGCCAACUAUGCCCUAGUAAUAGAUGUGGACAUGAUGCCCAGCGAGGGACUGUGGAGAGGCCUGCGGGAAAUGCUGGAUCAGAGCAAGCAGUGGGCAGGGACGGCGCUGGUGGUGCCUGCCUUUGAGAUCCGCCGAGCCCGUCGCAUGCCCACAAAUAAGAAUGAACUGCUGCAGCUCUACCAGGUGGGCGAGGUGCGGCCCUUCUAUUAUGGGCUGUGCACGCCCUGCCAGGCGCCCACCAACUACUCCCGCUGGGUCAACCUUCCUGAAGAGACCUUGCUGAGGCCUGCCUACGUGGUGCCUUGGCAGGACCCCUGGGAGCCAUUCUACGUGGCUGGAGGCAAGGUUCCCACCUUCGACGAGCGCUUUCGGCAGUACGGUUUCAAUCGCAUCAGCCAGGCCUGUGAGCUGCACGUGGCAGGAUUUGAUUUUGAGGUGCUGAACGAAGGUUUCCUGGUUCAUAAGGGCUUCAAAGAAGCCUUGAAGUUCCAUCCCCAAAAAGAAGCCGAAAAUCAGCACAAUAAGAUUCUUUACCGCCAGUUCAAACAGGAGUUGAAGGCCAAGUACCCGGACUCCCCCCGACAUUGCUGAGUCCUUCCCUGCCCUAGUCUGAGAAGUCUCAGCCUCCUCUCUCCUUAGGCCAACCCUCAGGCCUGACGGGGGUAAGAAAUAUCACUCCACUUUACAGUGGUAGCUGUGGUGUUGGAACACUGGACUUGAACAUGGGGUGCUGGGAUCAAGUCCUAGCUUUACCACUAACUAGCUGUGUGGCCUUGAGCAAAUCCUGUUCCCUCUCUGAGCCUCAGUUACCCCGUCUUUAAAAAGGGAGGUGAGAAUAUCUACCUCACAGAACUGUUGGGAGGCUCAGAUGAGAUGCUAUAUGUGAAAACAUUCUGUAAGCUUCGUACAAAUGUGAAGUAUUAUUAAUAUUAUUACUGUAUUAUUGUUGUUAUUGCUGUUAUUAUUAACAAUCUUGGGUGGGUAGGCAGUAGGAGAGCAAAAAGUAUGAAUGGGGGCAGAGCUGAGAAGUCUGAGUACUUAACAAAAUGGGCUUUUUGGAAGAAAUCAGAUAAAGACUUUGAAUUUAGUUCUUAGCUUUUGAGCUGAAGCCUAAACUCCCUGGUUCUCCCAGGCCUCGGGAGUUCUGGAGAAGGGAAUGGUCUUCAGGUUCUGUACCCUCGAAUAGGCUGGGCUGGGUUAUUUGCCUGCCGAUGACAAUGUGUAAAUAAAUGAGUGUUCACAACCACA